CAAGUCGGGGAAAUGCAUUCGGCUAUGAAACGUUAUUACAAUGUUAACAAGAUUAUCAUGUCGAACCUUGGCACUUGGCCGGAGCAAAAUAUAUUCGUGAAGAUAAUGUUGCCGACGAUAGCGAUGGCUUUUAUUUUCAGCAUCGUUCUUCUCGAGUUUGUGAGACUAUCUGAGAUAUGGAGGCACCUGACGGAUGACUGCGAAUCCUUCAUCAUGUCCCUGCUUGGGAUCGGCGCUUGUAUUAAAUUAUUCCUCAUAGUUCUCAACAACAAAAACGUAAGAUUUCGUGAGCCGCUUUUCGCUCGUCCCUUUAAAAAAAUCGCAAGAGGCAGGUUGUAACUAUUGUUUUCGUUCAUUGUAUCCUAGAUAGAACAACUACUGUUGCUCAUAAACUAUCACUGGCGCGUUUUCACGCAUUCCUUGGAAGUACAAAUUAUGCACGAGUACGCCUUCAUGGGAAGGAAAAUAACAAUCUUUUACUGUGUUGUAAUGUAUUCAAUGAUGAUCCUUUACUUGCUGCUGCCACUAAUGCCACAAUCAUUGGAUGUCCUCAUACCUCUCAAUGAAUCGCGCCCUUACUUGUAUUUGUUUGAUAUCGACUACAGCUUCGACAGAGAGGUGUAUUUCUAUCCUGUAUUACUCCACUCGUACGUAACGAUUGUAUUGGCUGUAAAUUGUUUGCUAGUAACUGAUACGAGCUACUUGAUGUUCGCGCAGCACGGGUGCAGUCUGUUCGCCGCCAUCGGAUGCCGACUAGAAAAUCUGACCUCGAUGAAAAGUUUAAAGAAAGGUAGCCACGUUAAGGAUGCGGAGGUCGCUUACAGCAAGUACGAGCGGACAGAUUACGAUGACAGUUUCUAUCGCGAACUGGCACUUCUCGUGCAAAAACAUCAGCUGAGCCUCGAAUAUGUCGAUUUGUUGGAGUCCUUGUUCUAUCUGUAUUCGUUUAUGAUGAUCUUUCUUCAUUUCAUCGUUAUGAGCCUCCUCGGAAUUCAAAUAAUUAACUUCAUGAACCAGAAAUCUGUAUUGCUCAGAUACGUGGCGAUAGUAAUAGGUGGUUUCAUGCAUCUUCUCGUUUUGAGUUAUCCCGGUCAAGAAAUAAUGGAUCAUAGCGCAGAUAUAUUUGAUAAAGCAUACAACAUGUUGUGGUACAAAAUGUCGCAAAGAACAAAGCAGCUAUUGAGCAUAUUACUUUACAGGAGUCUUGUUCCUUGUACAUUAACGGCCGGCAAAAUGUACGUGCUGUCAUUCCAGAAUUAUGCUUCGGUAAUGCAGGGAACUCUAUCAUAUUUCACCGCCCUUUCGUCGUUCAAGUAAUUUGCAGUUAACAGAAAAGAAGAGCGGUUACGGUGGAAUGAUGAAAUUACCGAUUUCAAUGGUUUAAUUCUUAUUAUUGGAAAAUUCUAUUGUGUAGCAAUGAUAAUUGCGGCAAAAGUUACAUAUGAAAGUGAUAAUCUGUUACAAAAUGUGUUGUAGGUUUAGCUUUUUGAUGUAAUAAAAACUCUAAGAUAGUUGUUAUCGUUA